GCGCAUCAAGCCAUCGAAGACCGAUGAUGUGGAGGAGAAGGAAAUGAUUGUCUUUACCGUUACCAACCUUGCCCUGGAAGAGCUUGCGGAACAACUGCAGGAGUCAGGCGAGCGGAGCAAAGUGGAAAGUAUGAGAGACGACCCCUCCUCCCACAUGAACCAGUGCCACAGGUUAGGCGUGGUCGACAUCUUGGACACAAGUCCGCACUCUCAGCUCAAGAAGCUCACGCGGGCACACGAGGAAGCUGCAUUCGAUAUGGGGAUCUCCUCGCGGAUGGUGCGGCUGAUCGACUUCGCGUGCAUUUGGGAGUCGAAGAUCGAAGUCGAAGGGCGAGUUCUUUUCAUGGUUGCGGAGGAGGAGCUCUACAAGUAUGCCAAGAGCGUGUGCAACUCCUUCGGUCGGAGGCGUGGCAUCUCCGUGGUGGAUCUACGGGAGCUUGACGAGAAGUUUGCGGUGGACGUCCGCCAUGGUGGGCAGCAGCUGUCGCUGGCAGCAGCCAAG